AUGAACUCGGAUGGUUCGCAGCAGAAUGGUCGCCCUGGACCUCACGAUGGAAGCAAUCUGAACGAGGUUGCUGGCCCACCCCCUGUGUACGAUCCGUCUGAGCAGUCGGUGCGGCUGAAGGAUUACCUGGAACAUCAGCCAGAACGCAGCGCUCAGAUCAGCCCUCGAGACGCCAGAAAUGAGCCUGUUGGACCCGAUGAUGUGCAGAGCCCGGACGAAACCCUGCACGAGAAACACCCGAAACCAGGACGCAUCUCGAAGUUCCUGCAGACGACGUACAUUGUGUCCUAUCUUGUUUUAUUCUCGAUGGUUGGUACUCUACUCCGGGUGGUCAUUGAAUGCCUGACCUUCUACCCGGGGACACCAGUCAAUACCAGUGUUCUGUGGGCGAACGUUGGGGGCAGUACGAUCAUGGGCUUCCUGAGCGAGGACCAAGAGCUGUUUCACUUUGAAAGCGUCAAAUCAAGUCUCCCUGGCCAUGUGCGAAACGACCCUCCACAGCGUGCCGCGCAUAUCAAAGCCCACAGGAAAACCGUACCGUUGUUUAUCGGACUGACCACGGGCUUCUGUGGAAGCCUUACGUCUUUCUCCACCUUCAUGCGCGAUGCCUAUCUGGCACUCUCAAAUAACCCAGUGGUGCCAGCCGGAUCGUAUGACGAGGUCUCCCUGUUCGCGUCUGGCUCUGCCAGUUUGAAAUCUCCUAAUGGCGGGUUUAGCUUCAUGUCCAUUCUCGCCGUCCUCUUCACGGAGAUCGGUCUCUCCUUGGCCGGUCUCUUUCUUGGAGCUCAUCUUGCAGUGGGUCUCUCUCCAUGGACGCCCAGUCUGCCUCAAGUGUGGUUGCGGAAAUACGUCGACCCUUUGUCCGCUAUCCUAGCUUGGCCAUUAUGGAUCCUUGCCAUCUGUCUCGUGGUCCUUCUCCCCCAAGCUCACGGAGCAACCACGUUAUGGAGUCCAAAUAUAUGGCGCGGACCGUUUCUUUUCUCUCUUGUCUUUGCACCCAUUGGCUGCUUAUCCCGCUUCUAUCUCUCCCUCAAGCUAAAUAGCCGGAUAAUCGGUUUCCCACUGGGAACCUUUACGGUUAACAUAGUCGGCACGAUGGUAUUUGGAAUGGCCUACUCCGUACAACAUGCCACAGUCAGCACUUCUCCGCUCACCAUAGGCGGAAUUACCGGCUGCGAGGUGCUGGAAGGAAUCAUGGACGGGUUUUGCGGGUGUCUGACAACAGUCAGUACCUGGGUUCUCGAACUGUCCGAUUUGCGGCGUCGGCAUGCUUAUAUUUAUGGGAGUGUGAGUGUGGCAGUUGCUUUGUGUUUCCUCGUCGUCGAAAUCGGGAGUCUGCAGUGGACUCAAGGACUCGCCACACCUGUGUGUUUCCGAUGA